UAGUCGUGUGCUCAACUAGUCUUACGCUACAUAUACUACGAGACCGCUUGGAAUUCUCUGAAACGCGAAUUAAAAAAUCGUAUACUAUCGUCAAUGACUCGUUGAUAUCCGAUAAAUAUUAGCUAGUGAAGUGUUAAAUUUCUGAAUAUUAACAUCUUUUACUCUGCAGCAAAACGUACGCUCAACAGAACACGAAUCAGUUUUACAAAGAGUAAUAAGAACUUUGACUAAUAUGUUAGGAAUCCGUUACAAUUCAGUGCAUACAAAUAAUUGCGAAAGCGGAACAAAUGAAAGUCUAUCAACGAAUAGAAGAAAUUUGAUACGGCAGUUUUCAGUCGUCGAUUCGUUUUUUCAUCAAAGGAAAGCAGGGGACACAGCGCGUCAACCCAAAAGUGUUUUCAUUCUCAUGGCAGUCGGUUUGUUGUUGAUUGCCACUGGAAUUACAUCACACCUGCUGCAGCCGUAUGUGCUAAUAUUCAAGUGGAAGCUGAUUUUUGAAAAGGGAGGUGAAAUAUUCGAGUUAUGGAAAACACCGCCAGUAGACUUAUACGUCAAAAUAUACUUGUUCAAUGUAACGAAUGCAAGGGAAUAUCUCAGAGGGGAUGCAGACAAAAUGACAUUUGAGGAAGUUGGACCGUAUGUGUACAGGGAAUUACUUUCACAUGAAAACGUAACUUUUUUAAAUAAUGGGACGCUGUAUACCAAACCAAGUCAUCCGUUAGUGUUCCAAGAACAUUUAUCGAAUGGUCACAAAGAAGAAGAUGUAUUUUUCGUACCAAAUAUAGCCUUGCUGAGUAUAGCACAGGUCGCUUCCAGACAAAGCUAUUUGCUUCGAUUACCUUUAAACUUAUUGAUCCGUCAAACGAAAAUAUCAGCUUUAGAACAACAAACUGCAAAGCAAUUCAUGUUUGGUUUUGAAACUACGUUGACAACACUCGGAAAUACAUUUCUACCAAACUGGAUAACAUUCAACAAAGUUGGGUUAAUUGAUAGGAUGUACGACUUUGAUGAUGAUUUUGAAACCAUCUAUACAGGUGAAACGGAUGAGUCUCUAUCUGGAUUAUAUGAUAGCUAUUUGGGAUCACCUAAUUUACCACAAUGGGACGGCGAUCACUGCAGUAGUAUAAGGAAGGCAUCAGAUGGCACAAAAUUUAAAAGUUUCAUAAAAGAUGACGAUCAAUUAUUAUUCUUUCGUAAAAGUAUGUGCCGUCCCCAACGCAUGGUUCAAGCUGGGACUAAUUUCGAAGUGGAUGGAUUACAGGCAACAAAAUUCGUGUUUGAAGAGAAUGCACUUGACAAUGGCGAAGUUGAUACAAAAAACAAAUGUUUUUGCAGGAAAGGUAAAUGUCUUCCUCGAGGUCUUAUCGAUGUAACGGAUUGCUAUUACGGAUUCCCAAUCGCACUCAGUUAUCCUCAUUUUUACGAUGCAGAUCCUAAGCUUCUGACAAGGCUGAACGGUUUGAGCCCUAAUAAGACAUUGCACAGUAGUUUCUUCAUGAUUAAUUCGCUUUCGGGGUUACCAUUACAACUCUCUGUGAAAUUUCAAAUAAAUAUGGCAGUAGAUGAUAUUUCAAACAUUGCAGAGUGCGAACGUUUUUCAAACUUGGUUAUUCCAGCGCUGUGGUUCGAAAUAACGAUGUUAAAACUGCCACAAUCAUUACAAAGCAGGUUUCUGUUUUAUCUCUACUAUCUACGAAUUUUCGAUCGGAUUAUGUAUUAUUCUUUCUUCGUUUGCGGAGGCUUGCUGUUGUUGCUGUCUGUUCUGAGAGUAUCAUUUUCCUUAUCGAAGAGUGUUUCAUCAUUCUUUCAAAUAUCUGGAAGUGAAAAAAAACAGUUUGGGAUGCAGGAUCAAAAAUUGGAAACUCGCCGAAGCUCUAUGCUGAAAAACAAUUGUUCCCGAUUAGAACAAGGGUCAGAACAAGAGCGAGAAAAUUUUUUGUUAUAAUAUAUUUAUUUUGAAAAAAAUGAGCAAUAAAGGAUCAAAAAGGAUCAAGAAGUUA